GAUUCGACAGGCGUCGCGUUUCCAAAACAAAACACAAAUUUCUCGUUCAGAAGUCCCGCAGAAAUUUCAGUCAAAAGAGCAGACGACGCUAAUUCAGAAAGAUAAGCAAACGCGCGGGGCCUUUUGCGAAUGAUUUCUACAGUGAUGAUUUCUUUGAGCUGCUCCACGAAAAUUUCCCCGCAUAGCUGGAACUUUCGGCGCAAGAGGAACGAAAUGGACGCGACGAAGGAAAGUGCGGGAUGUGUGGAUUAUCUUCAAAGUGUAACGAUUAUUGCAACAGAACCGCAGGAACUUGGAAGUAGCGGUUCCGAAAUAACUGGUAGAGACGGAAGUGGCGGAAGAUCCGACUCCAGUGGAGAUAACGGACGAAAUGUGUGCAACGACCGUGGCUCCCGAACCAUCCGCCCUGGAAGCUUCUGUAGUAGCCGAUGAGGACGACGACGAUGUUCGGAUUACGUCCGUGGAAACGAUUCCGAUUGCGUUCGAUCUGAGUGAAGAUAACAACGAUCCGUUCAUCAAGAUGGCCAACGAUUGGUACUGUUGUAAAGUGUGUUCCCGCCUCUACCAGGCGUUUCCCCAACUGGUGGAGCACCUUCGCGAUGUAAACCCGGACAAGGCGGAGAUAUUGCGCCAACGAUCGAAAGAGUCCUACUUCCGGGCCAAGGCAAGUCAAACAAUCUACAAAUGCACAUGGAAGGGAUGUGGCGUCAUAUACGUAUCUUGUUCUGAGGUCACCGCUCACGUACGAAAUGCACAUCUAGGUCCCCGCAAACCGGACGAGGACAGCGAUGAGGAGGAUUUCUUCUUCACAGAAAUUGAGGAUGAGAGUGACAGUGUACUUAGUGCACCCCAUCCACCAUCGACACCGACUCUGAACCUCCGUGAUAUGACUCUACCCCCACUCGAGGAUCCGGAGUAUCAACGGCGAGGGCUGCUCUCGAUGUCCUCCCAGCGGCAGUCCGCUCUACAACAACAUCCCCAUCUGCAGCCACACCAGCUAUCGCUCGGGGCCGCCAUCAAACCGCCACUGCCAGGGCAAGGGCUGCACUCGAUGUCCUCCCAGCGGCAGUCCGCUCUACAACAACAUCCCCAUCUGCAGCCACACCAGCAACCGCUCGAGCCCGCCAUCAAACUGCAACUGCCAGGGCAAGGGCUGUUAUCGAUGUCCUCCCAGCGGCAGUCCGCUCUACAACAACAUCCCCAUCUGCAGCCAGACCAGCAACCGCUCGAGCCCGCCAUCAAACCGCAACUGCCAGGGCAAGGGCUGCACUCGAUGUCCUCCCAGCGGCAGUCCGCUCUACAACAACAUCCCCAUCUGCAGCCACACCAGCUAUCGCUCGGGGCCGCCAUCAACCCGCCACUGCCAGGGCAAGGGCUGCACUCGAUGUCCUCCCAGCGGCAGUCCGCUCUACAACAACAUCCCCAUCUGCAGCCAGACCAGCAACCGCUCGAGCCCGCCAUCAAACCGCAACUGCCAGGGCAAGGGCUGCUAUCGAUGUCCUCCCAGCGGCAGUCCGCUCUACAACAACAUCCCCAUCUGCAGCCAGACCAGCAACCGCUCGAGCCCGCCAUCAAACCGCCACUGCCAGGGCAAGGGCUGCACUCGAUGUCCUCCCAGCGGCAGUCCGCUCUACAACAACAUCCCCAUCUGCAGCCACACCAGCUAUCGCUCGGGGCCGCCAUCAAACCGCCACUGCCAGGGCAAGGGCUGCACUCGAUGUCCUCCCAGCGGCAGUCCGCUCUACAACAACAUCCCCAUCUGCAGCCACACCAGCAACCGCUCGAGCCCGCCAUCAAACUGCAACUGCCAGGGCAAGGGCUGUUAUCGAUGUCCUCCCAGCGGCAGUCCGCUCUACAACAACAUCCCCAUCUGCAGCCAGACCAGCAACCGCUCGAGCCCGCCAUCAAACCGCAACUGCCAGGGCAAGGGCUGCACUCGAUGUCCUCCCAGCGGCAGUCCGCUCUACAACAACAUCCCCAUCUGCAGCCACACCAGCUAUCGCUCGGGGCCGCCAUCAACCCGCCACUGCCAGGGCAAGGGCUGCACUCGAUGUCCUCCCAGCGGCAGUCCGCUCUACAACAACAUCCCCAUCUGCAGCCAGACCAGCAACCGCUCGAGCCCGCCAUCAAACCGCAACUGCCAGGGCAAGGGCUGCUAUCGAUGUCCUCCCAGCGGCAGUCCGCUCUACAACAACAUCCCCAUCUGCAGCCAGACCAGCAACCGCUCGAGCCCGCCAUCAAACCGCAACUGCCAGGGCAAGGGCUGCACUCGAUGUCCUCCCAGCGGCAGUCCGCUCUACAACAACAUCCCCAUCUGCAGCCACACCUGCUAUCGCUCGGGGCCGCCAUCAAACCGCCACUGCCAGGGCAAGGGCUGCACUCGAUGUCCUCCCAGCGGCAGUCCGCUCUACAACAACAUCCCCAUCUGCAGCCAGACCAGCAACCGCUCGAGCCCGCCAUCAAACCGCAACUGCCAGGGCAAGGGCUGCUAUCGAUGUCCUCCCAGCGGCAGUCCGCUCUACAACAACAUCCCCAUCUGCAGCCACACCAGCUAUCGCUCGGGGCCGCCAUCAACCCGCCACUGCCAGGGCAAGGGCUGCACUCGAUGUCCUCCCAGCGGCAGUCCGCUCUACAACAACAUCCCCAUCUGCAGCCAGACCAGCAACCGCUCGAGCCCGCCAUCAAACCGCAACUGCCAGGGCAAGGGCUGCACUCGAUGUCCUCCCAGCGGCAGUCCGCUCUACAACAACAUCCCCAUCUGCAGCCAGACCCGCAACCGCUCGGGGCCGCCAUCAAACCGCCACUGCCAGGGCAUCAGGGCGCCCAGCUCCAUCUCCACCAUCAGCAACAACAACAACAGCAGCAGCACAAUCUGAACAACAACAAUGCCAUUAGUCAACAGGCACCGGGAAGCAAUGGCAGUAGCGGCAGCAGUAAUGGCGGUCGAAGCGCGGCCGUCCUCACGCACAGCAACACGUCGCCGCUGAUACACCACAACUACACCUGGUCACAAGUUAGUCCGCCGAAAUCGAUGAUGCCAAAGAAACGAAGACUCAGCGUUGCAUCGAACCCCUCCGAAUCUGCCGUUCCCGUUAUAGAUGAUACUACUUUAAAUGCUGAAGGAUCCGAAGAUUAUAUUGCAGAAGAGGUUGCAAGUAUCACUCCGUCUUUCCCUUUGAUCCUGAGCAAAGAUCAAGUGACUACUGAUCAUUCCAGCGAGGAAAAUCCAAUCGAUAGGUCCGAAAUUGGAACGUUCAAAAACAGCCAGCACACACAUCCUCCCCAUACGCUGCUGAUUUCAAAGGCAAAAAUGGUUCAUGCAUUAAAGCAGGAAUGCGCCAACCGGAGGCCAGGCACCUACGAAUCUGUGCGAAACAUUUUCGACAGGGUGUCUAAUACAACAGAGCACCAAGGCGCAGCGAAACACGUGCUUUACAAAAACGUGGCCAGUUCGAUGAGGAAGGCCAGAAGCACGUGUUUCCCACCUUCGCCGAAAACCCCUGCUGAAUUUCACGAACUGAUGGGAUCGGAGAAGGCGGCUGGUUUUCGUACCAUAUACGGACAAAAAUUUUACCACGGAUGUGUAGGCAAAACUCUGUUUUUUAUAGUACCGGCCACACUCGAAGCGAUAACGGAAAUCGAAAAAACUUCGUUAUAUUUUGAUGGAACUUUUAAAACGAAGCCAGCAAUGUUCAGCCAGCUGUUUAUGGCCUAUGCAGAAGUAGGCGGGAAGAUUUUCCCGCUAGCAUUCAUGCCAUCAGCUGACUCGGCAAAGGCCGAUGUUUACAUCACUAUUUUAUCGAAGAUAGCCGCUGUAAUAGAGCCGGCAAAGGUGGUAACAAUCGUGACGGACUACGAGAAGGCACUUAUGCAGGCUUGCCGCACGGUAUUCCCGAAGGCAAAUCUGCAGGGGUGCCUUUUCCAUUUUAAGCAGGCCAUUCGCAGGAAAAUAGUGAAUUUAGGAAUUCCUGUUACAAGCGAGACUUAUUUGGAGUACCGGCUGGCUAUGCAGCUAGCUCAUUUACCGGCCAGCAAGAUAGCAGGGGCUAUGGAUAUAGUAGUUGACAUUAUUAAACAGCGCACGACGGAUCAGCAGACAGCCGACCAGUUUGGCCGGUACCUACGGUUGCAGUGGCUUUGUAAUGUGUCACCGCAGGUGUAUUCUGUGUAUCACGUUACAACUACAACUAAUAAUGCAGCCGAGUCAUACCACGCGAAGAUGCUGGCGGAAAUCGGAUGUUCACCGACACCGUGGGCAUUCAUUGGUAUGUAUGCAAAUAUAUAUAUUAAAUUUUAUUACAGUGCUCAUCCCAGCAUAAGACAGAGUCCUUUUAUUACGCAACGCUAAAUUGGAUAGUUUUCGACCGUAACGCUUUUUAUAUGAAAAAAUAAAUUUAUUGUAUAUUCCCAAAAAAAGUUUGGGUUCACCCCCUC